GCUUCCGGGUCUCAUGGCGGAGACCAUCACGCAGAUGAGAACGGAGAUGGGAAUGAAUGUGUGUCUAGUGCCGUCAGUAGCCUUGCCAGGUGUUGGCAGCAUCCCUAGGAAAGUCCUACAGCAUGUUCAGGCCUUCCUUUCCAACAAAGAGGAAGAGAAGGAAAAAGAUGAAGACAACAACAGCAAUAAUAAUAAAAGCACGUUGAGGCGGUAUGCAUUUUCUGCCACACUGCGAGCCCUCGAAACUUACUUUCCGCUCCUGUCGACGAUUUACGCCUACGUGGCGUCACAAGCAUUCCUUUGCUCUCUGGUGGAGGUCAUCACCAGGGAAUGCGGCCAGCUCCUACACUUUGUACAUGAGGAGCAGGAGGGUCAAUACACGGCUAUGAAUAAGCAUGCAGAAGACACAAACUAUGGUGUGGCAUGCCGGAACGCCCUGGGUUUGGCGGAACGGUACCUUAUUCAUGUUGUUAUGCCUUGCAUGCGCGUUCUUGCGCCCUCGCCGAUUUUGUAUGGUCGCGUUCAGGCACUGUUUCUUCUUAUGAAAGAAAAAGGGCCGGUGGUGAAAUUUGGAAUGAAUCCUGCUGAGUUCCUGCACAUGAACACUUGGCUACAUUGGCUUCUGCGUCCGACGUCUAUCUGUGAUCGUGCCCCGCACGACGUACUCCGCUCUAAGGAGCUUGAAGCGCUUUUUGCGCAAUCAUUAAAACGAAUGACGCAAUCCAAUGUGGCCCAUUACAGGAACCUGUUGCAACCAGUCAUUUACGCGAAUCCGCUUCUUGUGGCGAGGAAGCUGUUCCAGCAAGCAGUAGGGUAUGGGAAUAACUUCCUGCAGAUUCACACGCAGUUGCUGAAGGGCGCUCCAGCGGCGGUUCUCACUCUUGUAGCGCACGAAGGUUUAUCGAUUAUGCGACAAUACGCGGAAGAAGAGCGCAUUGGAACAGCGGAUGCAAACCGUGUCGGGCUUAUCGCAACGUUUCUCUCCGUUCUAUGGCGUGACAAUCCGCACAGUUUUGAUGGCGGUAUGUUGCUCCGGGCAGCCGAGUAUGCGCUUCGCAGGGAAGCCCGUGCGUCUAUCGUAUUUGGGUUGGAAUUGCUGAGGUCCAUCCUUCAUGAGAUGCUCGACCUUACCCUUGAGCAUGAGGAACAGUACAGCGUGGCGCAGUUGAAGGCACUCCUUGCACCCUCCUCCACACAGUGGUUUGCAAAGGGUGCAGCCGAGUCGUUCCGUCGAGGUCGUUGGAACACAUCCCUCACACCCGCCAUCUUGGCCGCCGCCACGUCCAUGUUUCGAGUUGCCCUGCAGGAGGAGUGUCAUGUCCCUGUUGAGAACGAAGAGCCAGAGGAAGACGAAGAAGAAGGGGAAGAAGAGGCAAGAGACAUGCAUCGAGCGACCACGACGGCUACACCGCAACAGCGACAUGAUGACGAGGGGAAGGGAACCCCCACAGUGAAGUUUACGCUGGGGCAGUGCCUGUUGUUGCACCUUUGUCGGUUACACAGCCGAAUAUACACGGUGCAGGCGGAUCUGGCGGGGACGAUGCAGCUUGUGCUUCUCACCUGUGCGAGGGAUUACAAUGUGAUCAAUGAUCUGCUGCUCUGUAUGGAGACAAUACUCCCACAGGGGCCACCAGAAGAGGAGAUCUUUAUGGUUGCAAUGCCACAUGUUGCUCUACGCAUUACGGCCCGCUUUGCCGUGAAGGAGGCGCAGCGUAAGACGUCAAUUGGGAAAAAGUUUUCGAGCGUAGACGCUCUAUUCAAUGUUACGCCGUCUGAUAUCAUGAGCUGUGUGGAGCGUCCGGCAUCUGUCACGGCCAUCGAUAGUGUCAUUCCCUUUUCAAUUUUACAGAAAUUGUCUUACUACUCCGCUGCCCACUUCGUGUUUGAUGAAUCUGUUUACACGGCGGCAACGAAUGAAGUGAACCAGUUUUAUAAUCACGCCACUGCCCUUGUAAAGAGGAGCAUCCAUAAAGAUACCGGUAUUCACAACAAUACCCAUGAGAGCGAUCAUAAUAAUAAUAAUAGCAGCGCCGGAAGCAGUCCCACCACGGACCCCACUAUUCGUUGGCUACAGGAACAGCUGCGGCAAAUACGGCUGGAGAAGGAAGCCCAUCAAGAGCUUUAUCAGAAGUGCGAAGCAGCACGAGCAGCGUUACUUGAGGAGUUGCGUUGUAGCGGCGUGCUUGCUGAGCCCGUGGUGUUUGCAACGUCGUACCUUCUUCCACGUGCCCUUCUUAGCCUAGAGGACACGUUGUUUGUGUAUCACUUUAUGAAGUGGCUUUUGAACGUCACCAAAACAACUGGAAAUGAUAAGGAUGGGUGUGGGGACUAUGAACGAGUUGUCGACAUUGUUCUCUCCCUCAUCACCGCUACCAUGACGUUUUUUGUGGGUUUUACGGACGGCGAAUGCAAGCGCGUGGGUUUCUUGUUGGCUCUUUUGCGUGCGGCUCUGCAUGAGACUACCGUUGAGAUGCCCCCAUUUCCGUCUGUGAACGACCCUAUUGCGACAUCAACAACAACGAGUGGUGGGGCAGCAGAUGUGUCUUCUCCCCCUGUGAAUUUCACGACGGAGGCACUCAUGGCACUUCUGGAGCCGAAGCCACGAACUUUCAUGUCCAUUUUUGCCUCCUACGCCGCAGGGAUGACUGAUGCUGCCAAUGGUGUGAAAGAUCAGGAAGAAGCGGAUUCAUCCGGUGAGAAGGGUGCGAUUCAAGAAGCGCAGGCUGCACUACCGGCAUUCCCAACUCAGCUGGAGGCCUACUUAUGUCGCGCACUUGUCCAUCUCCUUCUGCACCAGCGAGAAAUUCCAUUUCUUCACCGCAACGCCCUUCUCGUCCUUGAGCGACUCACCAAGAACACGCCGGCCUUUCCCUCAACCUUGUGUGCCACCGAAUGGCUGAUUAAGGCCAUCACACCACACGCAGUGCGGAGUUCCUCCUGCUACGCCUCUGCAACAGCGGUGCUGAAGGUUUUGAAAGGCAAUCGACAUCGGAUGGAAGAAAUGUUGGACUCGUUGGCCUCGCGACUUGUUCUACAGACGGGCCCGCCGAGCAAAAAUGGGGUGGAAAAGCAGAUAGAGGCAUGGCAAAAGCUCUGGAAGUCGCGGGAGGCAUAUGCUCGACUGCUUCUUUUGGAGGAUAUUGCAGCUGCUGAAAGACGAGGCGAAACAGAGGCCGUUGUUUCAGUUAACAUUGGUGGGAUGGGCUUUCAAGCAGAAAAGAGCGUCGAAGACGAGGCGGCAGAUAUCGAGGAGGUGGAAGCAGAAGCACCAGAUGAUGAUGAUUAUGCAAACGGGAUUCAUGUUGAAAAUGAGGAGGAACAGGACGCUAGGGAAUUACAAGAAGAGGCAGAAGAUGACGAUGUGACAGGUGAUCACAGCGAGCCGCGCAGCUUUUCUCUAACUGAGUGCUGUGAUAAUGAAGAGAGCGACGUCUGCAGCGAGCAGCAAGACGAAGAGACGGUUGAAGAAGAAAAUCUGGUCACCGAUAUUCCUUUCAAUGAUGAGUUCUCCUUACGCGACCAUGCUGCAAUGUCUCAUGGAGAAGAAAUGGUGGAAACAAGGGGAGGGAAUGAUGGAAAGAGAAGUCGUGAUGAGGAGGAUGAUGCCAGUGAGAGUCCACCGAGGACGGUGAGUCGGCUGGAGAUGCCUCUGAAAGAUGGGGAAGAAAACGUGUAG